AUAACUAUCAUAUCUAAAGAUUAAAUUGUACACAUAAAAAUAAAUAUAGAAGGGGCUUAAUUGUGAGGAAAUAAUAUUAUUGAGUUUAAUGGCAAAAAUUUUCAAAUUUGAGGGACUUAAAAGAGAAAAUGAAUUGGAUAAGGAUCAGCUAUUUUUUUUUCCUUCUUUCUUCUUCCUUAGCCGCCCGAUUCUGCUCCUCUUUUUCUCCCCUGCACCGAUCAAGAAGCAAGCCACCUACUGCACGACCCAUUUGAGAAAACCGAAUUCCGGAUCUGCUUUGCUCUGUUCCUCAUCGUCUGUUGCUCUUGCUUUGUGGGUGCGAAUUUCUCUGAUUUUUGGAUUUCUUGAUUUUUCCUUCCAUGCCCAUCGGCCUCCCCCAAACCCGCCAGCUUCGGUUUGCUUGCUGCAAAUUUUGGUAUGAGACAACUUUUAAAGCUGAAUUUUAAACCAUUUAAUCGUUGUCCGUGCUGUUGAAUUGUCCUGUUGCAAUAUGGAAGAACCCGUUUGUUGUUGCCCCUGUGCUAUUCGGGAAUUUCUGCUGAAAGAGGGAAAUAUUUCAGCAGCCUUAAACCAUUUUUUUAAGCUUGAUUAAGGUAGAAUUAGCUUAUUUUGGCUACUGUGAUUUUUGGAGAAAACCCCGUGAUUCGCUAUUGUUUUGCCAAAGUUCGGGUUCUCCCUUUUCUGUCUAUGAAUUUGGAAAAUUUGGUAUAUAUGUGUUGUGUAUAAUUAAAUCAAUAAUUGAAAUAAAAGCCUUGCUCCCCAUUGUUUUAUCCGUGAGAUUGGGAAACCAUUUAUAUAUGUAUUUGUGUAUAUAAAUGUAUAUAUACAUAAUCUGGUCAAUAAAAAUAAAUAAAUAAAUAAAUGAAAUUGCUUAUAGAAUUAAUUCUUGGAUAUUUUGGUUAGGUUCUUGAUCCUUGGGGCACUUUAGUGCGUGGAUUGAGUCUUCAAUUUUAUGCGGUUUGAGGAAGCGAAGUCAAGGACGGGGAAAAACGAGGGGAGUGAUGAGUUAGAAGGCUAGCCAUCUUGUAAAUUGAGCAUAGAUUUUAGAUAUAAAUCAUGAUCUUAUAAGCUAGAAUUUAUUUGGAGAUUUAUGAUAUCAGAGCAAAUUUUAAAAAUUUUAUCUUCAGAUUUUGUGGGAUCAGAUUGUGAUAUGAUAAAGUUCUGAGUCUUGUGCAUUUGUGAGACCUUCUCACAAGUGCACGGCAUCUGCCACGUUCUCGGAUUUGGGUUUUGAGGCGUGACAAGCUUAUUG